ACGCCAUUUUGAUUUUUGGAGAAAGUUUUGCAGAGAGCAUAUUUUAGGUCUUUUUUUAAGCACUAUUAACAAUUUUCUAAUUCUUAUUUAUUUCAUUUGUUAUGGCUUUUAAACCGGGUGAUCUCAUCUGGGCUAAAAUGAGAGGCUAUCCUCACUGGCCGGCUAGAAUUGACCUUCCAGCUGAAAAUGAGAAGAUCCCGGCUAAAAAGUUUCCCAUAUUUUUCUUUGGUACUCAUGAAACUGCAGUGAUGCAAGGUAGAGACUUAUUUGAAUAUGAAAAAUACAAAGCCAAGUAUGGAAAGCCCUCAAACAGAAAAUUUUUCAAUGAAGCCCUGGAGGAAAUUAUCAAAGACCCUAAAGUACGUUAUGGCCAGCGUGGCCAGCCGACGGAAGAGUCUGAAUCAGAGGAAAGCUCUGAAGAUGAAGAAGAAAGCAAAGAAGAAGAAAAAGAUGAGAACGAGACAGAAGGAAAUGAAGUCAAACCAAACAAGAUUCAAGGAAAGCGUAAGUCAAGUACAGAAAACAAAAUACCAGCGAAGAAGAAGAAAACUGCAAAAGAAGAAGAACCAGAGAGUGAACCUGAGGUAACAGAAUCUGAAGAAAGUUCUGAAUCAGAACCAGAGGAAUACAUCCCGGAAGAAAAAAGCAAGCCAAAGAAAGCAGCAUCUGCAAAGAAAACACCAUUAAACAAAGCCAAGAAGUCUAAGCAAAUUAUAAGUAGUGAUGAAAGCAGUGAAGAAGACGAUGACGAAGACCAAGACGAAAAGAAAUCUAAAGGGAAAGAGAAGACUAUUGAGGUGUGUACAUGUGUAUUUCUGUUGUCAAUGCCUUGUAGCCUUCUACAAGUAUAACAUUUUUUUGCCCAUCACCAAUCAAAUGUGAAUGCAAUGACCAAUCUCACUUACAUGUACAUUGGUUGUAGUACUGAACUAGUUGUGGGUGGCAAGGGUGGUCUAGUGGUU